AUGCCUUCUAGCCGCUCAUCUGCUUCAUCGCAGCCCAUACUCCAUCGUGUCGGCUUAGUAGGAGCGGCCGCUCGCUUCUACCAUCGCUCCUAUGCGGCCGACUAUAUGGCCCUGGCAUUUCUGGCGACAGGAUGGCUUAUGAUUCAAAUCUUCAUUCAUCCGUUCCAUCGCAUGUUCUCGCUUGACAAUCGAGCCAUACAAUACCCAUUCGCAGUUCACGAACGGGUACCGGUUGGCAUGUGCGUCCUGUACGCUGGCGUGAUUCCCUUCCUCGUCAUUCUGAUUUGGUCGGCAACACUGCAACCUGGAGUUCAUAAAACACAGGUCACUAUGCUGGGACUCUUGGUCGCACUGAUGCUCACUUGCUUUCUAACCGAUGUGAUCAAGAAUGCGGCGGGUCGACCUCGCCCUGACCUCCUCUCGCGAUGUAAACCGUCUCGAGGGACGGCAGCCAAUACGCUGGUCGCAUGGACUGUUUGUACGGAGUCGAAUGAACACAUCCUCCAAGAAGGCUGGCGUAGCUUUCCCAGUGGUCAUAGCAGCUUUGCUUUUAGUGGCCUAGGCUUCCUUACACUCUUCCUAUGUGGCCAGAUGCAUGUUCUUCGACCACGAACCGAUCUUGCCCGAUGUCUCGUGGCCUUCUUUCCACUUCUGUGUGCCGCUCUUAUUGCCAUAUCGCGUCUGGAUGACUAUCGUCAUGACGUUUGGGAUGUAACGUGUGGAGGCUCUUUAGGAAUGCUGAUCAGCUGGUUCUCGUAUCGUCGUUACUACCCACCUCUACGCUCGACACAAUGCGACUGCCCUCACGACAAAGCUGAUCUUCCCGGGUCUGAUGGAUUCAGCAAGCUGAAUGAUGAAGAGCAGGCAUCGAGCUGA